GAGGUAGAGCCAGUCCACGGAGAAACAGGGACCCUCCGCGUUAAAGGCAGGCAAGCCAGAGAAAUAAACACAUACCCAAUCGGAGCAGCGAUUUUUACUGAGAUGCUCCAACUACUUUCGCUCUGUGUGCGCAGAGGACACCUAGUAAGAUAAUUAUUUAAUUCUUCCAGUGCGUUUUUUUUAACGCAGCCAACUGUCGCAGUCCAGAGGAGGGGACACGGAAAGUCUUCACUUCGUCUCAUUUGGAUUUUUUCACUCUCAACUUCUCCAGAUUGAAAUCCAGUGUUCCAUAAAGACGAGCUGAUUUUUUUUCUUCCCUGAUGACCGGAGCGACGUUUUGAAUCACACCUGAUAUGGUGUUUCCAAGGUUGGAAGUUGAAUCGUUGCGCACCAGCAUCAGCAUUUGAUUUUUUUUCCUUCCUUCUCUUUAACUUACUCGCUGUAGCUGAUUUAAACAUUUAAAAAAAAGAAAUUCGUUCUCUGAGAUAAUGUUACUGGAUGCUGGUCACCAGUUCCCCGGACUGGGAGUGGGCUCAUUUGCCAGGCAUCACUCAGCCAGCGAGAUGCAGGAGAGAGACUUGAGUUUGGCACAGAAUAGCUUUGUAGACUCGGCACACAUGGGCGCGUUUAAGCUGAACCAUGAUCUCUCCCCGGGACAGAGCUCUGCCUUCACCACCCAGGCGCCAGGCUACCCCGCUGCGGCUCUGGGGGCUCACGCCGCCCAUGUCACGUCGUAUGCAAGCUCCCCUUUCAACUCCACCAGGGACUUUCUCUUUCGCAGCCGUGGCUUCGGAGAAUCCUCUCCGGCGAGCAGCCAACACACUAUUUUUGGCCCCACGGCGGGAUCCCUCCAUCACUCCCACACAGACACUCAAGGCCACAUUCUGUUCCCCGGGAUCCACGAGCAGCAUGGCUCCCACGGAUCCCCGAAUGUCCUGAACGGGCAAAUGAGGCUCGGACUACCCGGAGAAGUUUUCGGACGCUCCGAGCAGUACCACCAGGUCUCCAGCCCGAGGACCGACCCGUACUCGGCCGCGCAGCUCCACAACCAGUACGGCUCCAUGAAUAUGAACAUGGGGAUGAACAUGGCAGCGCACCACCACCCCGGUGCCUUUUUCCGCUACAUGAGGCAGCAGUGCAUCAAGCAGGAGCUCAUCUGCAAGUGGAUCGACCCCGAGCAGCUCAGCAACCCGAAGAAGUGCUGCAACAAAACUUUUAGCACCAUGCACGAGUUGGUCACGCACGUCUCCGUGGAGCAUGUCGGUGGACCGGAGCAGACCAACCAUGUCUGCUUCUGGGAGGAUUGCCCCCGGGAGAGCAAACCGUUCAAGGCGAAAUACAAACUGGUUAACCACAUUCGGGUGCACACCGGGGAGAAGCCUUUUCCAUGCCCCUUCCCCGGCUGUGGAAAGGUCUUCGCACGGUCGGAAAACUUGAAGAUCCACAAGAGAACACACACAGGAGAGAAGCCGUUCCAGUGUGAGUUUGAGGGCUGCGACAGAAGGUUUGCAAACAGCAGCGACCGAAAGAAACACAUGCACGUUCACACGUCGGACAAACCUUAUCUCUGCAAGAUGUGUGACAAGUCCUACACACACCCCAGCUCCCUCAGAAAACACAUGAAGGUCCACGAAGCCUCCCCACCAGCAUCAGACUCAUCACCAGCAGCCAGCUCUGGGUAUGAAUCCUCCACGCCUCCAGGCCUGGUGUCCCCCACCACCGAGACCCAGAGCAACACCACCAUGUCCCCAGCCUCAGUCGUCCACAACACCACCAGUCACAGUGGCCUAUCCUCCAAUUUCAGUGAAUGGUAUGUUUAGGACUAAGGCGAAAUAAAGCGACACACACUCGCUUUUCACAGCACUGGAACAUCCAGCAGGAGAUUUUGGGGGACCUGUGCACACGAGAGGCACACAAACAUUUGUUUAUUUUUUAUUUUGUUACUUCUGAUCCACCAGGGAAGACGAUGAUAUCCAACAGAGGAAAAUAUGUAUAAUAUUCAAGGUGUAUUUCAUAUUGUAAAUAAUUACUAAAAGCCCACUUUUCCCAUUGGUUGUGAUAGUUUGUCAGUCUUUGGUGUAUAGAUGUUCCUUCAAUGGUAGCUAUUUCUCUAACUGGACUUUUAGUGCACAUAUUACGAUUAAAUUGUACUAUAAUGUUGAAUAUUGUGAUCUUAAGGCAAAUUGAUUGUACUAUACUUAACAUCUAUAAACUGGAAAGAGUGCCAAAGUUAACAUUUAACUCAAACAGACCACAAUAUUAUGCUUGUGAAUGUAUAUUUUAGUUUGCUGGGCUUAACUUGUGAUGUUUUGUGCUUUGCAAGUUUGAAUUGUGAAAUACUAUCUGGAAGAUUGUGAGGAAAAUAAACGUUGUGCCGUUCGGUUUUCUGUAACUAUACAUCCAUCCUUUUGUAAAUAUCAGCUGCCAUAUUUAUCCAUUUGUAAUUAAAUUAUGGUAUUUACUUGCUACAGAUGAAACAGUAUUUAUAAAGAAUGUUUCUUUACUAUAAAUAUGUACAAUUACGAGCUAAACAUGGGCAGUUGUUUCGUUAUGUGCUUUUGUUGAAAGUUUUAAGAGGUGUUUUCUUCCUUAUUGUGAUAAGAAUUUUACUGCAUACAAAUAUAAUAAAAGGUGUUGCAAGUGCUAAA